AUGACCGAACAAACGACACCUCUCCAUGUUGCCCUGCGACUGAAAGACCCAGAAAUCGUCAAGAUGCUGGUUGAUGCCGGCGCUGACGUAGCCACGGAAACCCGAGGAAAGCAUCAACCCAUCCAUCUCGCCGCCAAAGUUGGAGAUAUCGACAUCAUUAAACUCCUCUUAGAUAAAGGUGCCCAGGCUGAUGCCAAAACAAGGAAUCAUCCUUCGGGUUUGAAACAGGACGAGUGA